AUUCAGCACACUGCACAGAGGACAGCACUCAGCUAAGAUGUGUGACCGCAACACAGGCAGGAGGCUACGACAAUGGCUAAUAGAGCAAAUCGACAGUGGAUACUACUCCGGACUUGUAUGGGAAAAUGAUGAGAAAAGCCUUUUCCGAAUCCCCUGGAAACACGCUGGAAAGCAGGACUACAACCAGGAAGUGGAUGCAUCUAUUUUCAAGGCAUGGGCUGUUUUUAAAGGGAAAUUUAAAGAGGGCGACAAAGCUGAACCAGCAACGUGGAAAACCCGGCUCCGCUGUGCCCUCAACAAGAGCCCAGACUUCGAGGAGGUGACAGAAAGAUCUCAGCUGGACAUUUCCGAACCCUACAAGGUGUACAGGAUAGUGCCAGAAGAAGAGCAAAAGGGUAAACCAGGGUGUGCGAACCUGAAUGAUGCCACAGAUAUGGAAUGCAGCUCAACAGAGAUGGAGACGUCCACAGAUGAGUAUCUGACUAUCAUUAAACGUAGCCCCUCGCCAGCAAAAGACACCUGUCAGAAGCAGACAGGCCAGGACUGGUGGAUAUAUCCUCACAAUACAGGAAUAUCAGCAAUGGACGGUUAUCCAGCAUAUGAGCCAAUUUCUCACGGUUUGUCACAGAUGAUAAUUCAGUUUUUCUAUAGUGGUAAACUGGUGAGCCACAUUACCACCACACGUCCCGAAGGGUGCCGCAUAUCGCUAAGCCAGCACCUUCCUGGCGGAGAGAAGGUUUACGACAUGGAAAAUCUGGAGAACGUCCGAUUCCCAUCAGCUGAAUAUAUUGCAAGCGAACGCCAGAAGCAGAUUACUAGGAAACUAUUUGGCCACCUUGACAGAGGAGUUCUCUUAUACAGUAAUAAGGAAGGUGUAUUUAUCAAGAGGCUUUGCCAAGGCAGAGUCUUCUGGAGCGGGAACUGCAUGCCCUACAAAGACCGCCCAAACAAGCUCGAUAGGGAUGAAAUAGUCAAGAUCUUCGAUACAAAUAUGUAUAUAAGAGAACUUCAGCAUUGCUACAGCCAAGGAAGGAUUCCUGAAAGCAGGAUCACGCUAUGCUUUGGCGAGGAAUUUCCUGACGCAACUCCACUGCAACUCAAACUAAUCAUUGUGCAGAUUGAGCAGCUGGGCGUGAGGCAGAUCACAGAGGAAGCGGUAAAGAGUUACAGCUCGGCAAGUCUGCAUCUGCACCAAGACCCUCCGAUGGAUCAAGUACCACGCAUCAUUUCAGACGCUUGCACGCCACAUCAGAGGUCGUUUUAUAGAGAGAGCCAGCAAAUCACCGUCUGAGUCACACAGUCAUUCUUCUACAUGUCUGUGCAUUUGCAGAAUUUUUAUAUUUCUGUACAUUUUCACCAUCUCCUAUACUACUCGCUGACCCUAGAAGUUUGCAGUUUAAAUAAAAACCAAGGUGUCAAACGUUGCGCAGGUGAUGCCACCAAUGACAUUAACGCUUUCUUGUCGUCACAUGGGUGUAGUCUCAUCCAUUUGUCAGUGAAAGGGGAUUGGCUGUCUCCUGGGCAAAGUUUGAAGAAUCCUGGUGAUAUUGAAAUACCAGCAAUUUUUCUGACAUUACUUGCCUGUUACUGGGAGCAGUUCCAGGGUGAUAUCUGAUGUAUGUUUAUGUACCUUAUAGGUGUUAAGUGCACAGUGCGCAGGCUUCAUGCAUCAAAGGCAAAUAAAUCCAAAGACGAAGUACAUAGUUUACUAAAUCCUGCAAGUGUGGAAACCUAGUUUUAAAAGUAAACCAUAGUGGUCUUGCAGUAUAGCAAAAUGUAUUUUGGGCUUAAUCACCAAUGCAACAAUUAUGGAGAACUGACUAGAAAAAAAACACAUUUUUGGCUUAAAAAUUUCCCAAAUUUGACAUUUUAGGAGUUCUUUGAUUCUACCCUAAAAUCAUUUAGUGAAUGAAUUCUAGUUGUGCUCGCUAUAUAUUUAAUACAUUGUAUCGGUGAAAUGCCAUGGUAUUUGAAAACAAAUACCACACACAUCAACUGAAAAACAUUCCUAGCAGGGCAUUCUGGGAAGAGAUGUGUGUGGGUAAAGUCCACGCAGGGCCCUGGGGAAUAUAAAUAAUCAUGCCACUGUAUAUAGAUAUGAAUCAAAGUGCCCAUCCAGCCUGCCCAUGUUGAGACCUCAUAUUUAUUUGUCAAAUUUUAUGAUCAGCAUCUUCACUGUGUUAGUCUUUACCCUUUCCACUGAACAAUGACUCCACAUAUCCGCUACACUUUCCAUAUCACUAUUAGCUAUUACUAUGAUUACUGGAAGGCUAUUCCUGAUAUAUAAUACUGUCCUAUCUGGUUCAUUCUCGGUGUGAACCAUAUCCAGUGGAAGACCACGUCGGGUAUCUACCACCAUUUAUGAGCCGUUGCCAAUAUAAUCUAUGCCCAUUGCAGGGCUACUUUGGGUAACUACUAUCUCUUAUUUAUCACUGACAGUAGUUACUUCACUCAAUGGAGGGCUAAUUCGGGUAUCUACUACAUUACCCUUUUGUAAGAAAGUAUACUUUUACAUUGUGGACCCCAACAUUCCACUGUAAUGUUAAUAUGCCCCUCUUUCUCUAAAACCCCUACUAUACUUCCUUUUUCAGUGUAUCCCUUACUGCUUUCUGUAUCCUGUCUCCUUCAGUAUAUGAUAAGAGUGAAGUCUUAUCUGCUAUGAUUUGUUCUGCAUGUCUGUCCAAACUUGGAUCUUCAUACUGACAUUACUUUACAACUCCCAUGAUGCUUCGUCAGGCUGAAGAGGCAACAGUUAAAGCAAAUAAAUGGGGCAAUUUUAGUGUAAUGUAGGGAUGCCAGACCUAUAGUGUCCAAUCAUGUGGCAAACUUUCAAUAUGCCCAAUUCCCAAUUAUUAAAAUAAGGAAUUAUAUAAAUAGAUCUCUGUAUAGCACAGAAGUGAAGACACAAUAUAUAAGUACUCUCUUUUAUGAGUCACAAAACAUUUUGCUUGAUUUCUGUAAUUGACCCGUUUACUCUUUAUGUAUAGAUGCAGGGGAAUUAUUUCUAAGCAGCUAUACAAGUCUUGUAUAUAGAUAGAUAAGCAAACGAAAGACUAUUUUUAUAAUGUGAAUUUUCUACAACAUUUGCGAGUAUGUUCAGUGUUCCUGAAAUUCAGCAAUUUGUGUUUUUAGCCAAUGAAAAUGUAUAUAUGACCAUUGUGAUACAGAAAUCCACUGUGCCUAUGGAUUUACAAAACAAGCGAACACCUUGCUAUGUGAAGAGCUUUAUAUUUAUAAAUAGAAAUA